AAAAUACUCCCAAAAUAUCAUCAUCCUUCUGUCUCCUGCAAAUCCACACCCACCAGAAAUAUUAUCCCGAUUUUCUUCCACCACCGAAAUCUAAUCUCCCCCGUAAAAUAUAUUCCUCAUUAUCCUUCAUUUUUUUAUUUUUUUUAAAGUAAGCCUGUCUGUGUGUUUCACACUCAGAAACUAAAAAUGGCAAUGGCUCUGGCGCUCCGUAAGCUCUCUUCUUCCCUUGCUGACAAACCGGCUCGACGUCUCGUUAAUGGAGGCUCUCUGUAUUCCAUGUCAUCUUUGCCUAGUGAAGCUGUGUAUGACAAAGAACACCCUGGUGUUACGUGGCCUAAACAAUUGAAUGCUUCAAUCGAGGUCGUUGAUCCCGAGAUUGCUGACAUUAUUGAACUUGAGAAAGCGAGACAGUGGAAGGGGCUGGAACUCAUACCAUCCGAGAAUUUCACUUCUUUGUCAGUGAUGCAAGCAGUUGGAUCGGUUAUGACUAACAAAUACAGUGAAGGAUAUCCGGGUGCUAGAUACUAUGGAGGAAAUGAAUAUAUUGACAUGGCAGAAAGAUUGUGUCAGAAGCGUGCUCUGGAAGCAUUUAGGUUGGAUCCAGCAAAAUGGGGAGUGAACGUACAGCCUCUUUCAGGAUCUCCGGCUAAUUUCCAAGUGUACACAGCACUAUUGAAACCUCACGAAAGAAUAAUGGCACUUGAUCUUCCUCAUGGUGGCCAUCUUUCCCAUGGAUAUCAGACAGACACAAAGAAGAUAUCAGCAGUUUCUAUAUUUUUUGAGACUAUGCCUUACAGAUUGAAUGAGAGCACUGGCUACAUAGACUACGACCAGAUGGAAAAAAGUGCAACACUAUUCAGACCAAAAUUGAUAGUUGCUGGUGCCAGUGCCUAUGCACGGCUCUAUGAUUAUGAUCGCAUACGUAAGGUUUGUGACAAGCAGAAAGCAAUUCUGUUGGCGGAUAUGGCACACAUCAGUGGGUUAGUUGCAGCUGGUGUCAUCCCAUCACCCUUUGAUUAUGCAGAUGUUGUGACCACCACAACACACAAAUCUCUUCGUGGGCCUCGUGGUGCCAUGAUCUUCUACAGGAAAGGGCUGAAAGAGGUUACCAAACAAGGCAAGGAGGUGAUGUAUGAUUUCGAAGACAAAAUUAAUAUGGCUGUGUUCCCUGGACUUCAAGGUGGCCCACACAACCACACAAUCACUGGCUUGGCAGUUGCAUUGAAACAGGCAACAACUGGAGAAUACAAGGCCUACCAAGAACAAGUCCUCAGUAAUUGCUCCAAGUUCGCACAGACUUUGAUGAAGAGGGGCUAUGAACUUGUUUCUGGGGGAACCGACAAUCACUUAGUUUUAGUGAAUCUGAAACCCAAGGGUAUUGAUGGGUCCAGGGUUGAAAAGGUGCUGGAAGCUGUUCAUAUUGCAGCCAACAAAAAUACCGUUCCUGGAGAUGUGUCUGCCAUGGUUCCUGGUGGCAUCCGAAUGGGGACCCCUGCUCUUACUUCAAGGGGAUUUAUUGAAGAAGACUUUGCUAAAGUGGCAGAGUUCUUCGACAGUGCUGUGAAGUUGGCACUGAAGAUAAAAUCUGAAGCUAAAGGAACAAAGUUGAAAGACUUUGUGGCUGCAAUGGAAUCCAGUGCCCCCAUCCAAUCUGAGAUCUCAAAGCUCCGCCAUGAUGUAGAGGAGUACGCAAAACAAUUUCCAACCAUUGGAUUUGAGAAAGAAAGUAUGAAAUACAAGAACUAAGUAGGAGAGUUACUUGCCAGGCACCUGAAGAAAGAUACCAUGAUACCGCUUGAUCUAUGGAGGUGAAUGGCUAGCAAUGGCAGUACAUAAGGCUCGGACAUGACUGUCACUGCUUCUGUCUACAAUGUACAUCAUUAUACUGAACAAGAAUAUCUCCAGUGUAUAUGUAUAUGUCUUUGAACCUCUGAAAUCAGUAAUAAACUUAGCAUUAUGCCAUCA